AUGUUCGAAAGGCCAGAAGGAAUUGAAAACUGUAGAAUAUGGAUGGAUGGGUGUUUUGACUUUGUUCAUCACGGCCACGCUGGUGCCAUGCUACAAGCACGUCAGUUGGGUAAGGAACUUUACGUGGGAAUCCAUUCAGACGAAGAUAUCUUGAAGAAUAAGGGUCCUGUUGUUAUGACAUUAAAAGAGAGAGUAAAGGCCGUAGAAGCAUGUAAAUGGUCUACCCAGCCAGUUCCUGAUGCUCCAUAUGUCACUGACCCCAAAGUGAUGGAUGGAUAUGGAUGCAAGUAUGUCGUACAUGGAGAUGAUAUUACAACUGAUGCCAAUGGCGAGGAUUGUUAUCAAGAAGUUAAAGAUUUGGGUAAAUUUGUUGUUGUUAAGAGAACACCUAACAUUCUGACCACAGACUUAGUGGGACGAAUGUUAUUGAUGAGCAAGGACCAUCAUUUCCAACCAAUUCGCGAUAUAGACAACCAUUCCUUACUUGAUAAAAAGGACAACUUGGACAAGUUUGCCAAAUAUGCUACGGACGAAACAGGCUUAAAGCCAGGAUCAGGAGUUUAUCUUAAUAUAGACACCGAUAAAGAAUUGCAUACGUUGGUUGAGCCAUCGAAAGAAAUUUUAAAUAAGUACAAGUCAAUUGCCUACGUUGAUGGAGGGUUCGACUUGUUCCACCCCGGACAUAUCGAAGCUUUGAGGCUUGUUAAGCAAAAUGCGCUCAAGGAUGGUUGUGCCAUCAUUGUUGGCGUACAUGAUGAUCAUACUAUCAACAAUGUCAAGGGACUUAACUACCCAAUUAUGAACAUAUUUGAGAGGGCUUUGUGUAUAUUACAAUGUGCUUAUGUCGACGGGAUUGUAUUGGGAGCUCCUUUUUCGCCAACGUCCCAAUUCUUGUCCAAGUUGCCUGGAACCGUAGCGGCGGUGUACCACGGUCCAACUCAAGUAGAAGAAGAGCCAUAUGCAGAAGCUAAACAAAAUGGGCUCUUCAAGGAAAUUGGACCCCACGAAUUCGCCAAUAUCAAUACCGAAUUCAUUGUCCACAGAGUUUUGAACAACAAGGAGGCAUACGAAGCCAGACAAAAGGCAAAGGGAUGGAAGGCCGAUCAUGAAGCUCAACUCAGAGUACAAGAGCAAUCGCGUCAUAAAUCGUCGUAA